AUUACAAUAAAAUAAGAGAAAUCAAACAUAUUGGGAUCUGUUAGUCACAAACCUUAACAAUGAUUGCAUUGAAAGUUUAUCUAUUCAGUUGUAUUUCCCUCUAGUUUUGAAGUUGCCUCAGGUAAUCAUGAAAACGCUUCACGUCCUGGGUCUCCUGCAGCUGCUGGCUGUACCUGCUUUCAUGCUGACACAGCCAAACCAUGACUACUGGGGAGAGUUUGGAGCCUAUGGGCCCUGCAGCCGUACCUGUGGCACAGGAGUGGCGAUGAGGACGAGGAAAUGUAUCACUUCGAGGACAGACGGAGGACAUAACUGCUUAGGAUCCUCCAAGUCCUAUCGUACCUGUAAUACUCAACCAUGUCCAGCUGGUUCCAGGGACUUUAGGGAGGAGCAGUGCUCCCAGUUUGACCGAACAGACUUUCAGAGCAAACAUCACACAUGGGUCCCUUAUUAUGGAGCAUCCAAUCCCUGUGAGUUGCAUUGUGUCCCAAGAGGAGCCAACUUCUUCUACAGACACAGACCUGCAGUGGUGGAUGGGACACCGUGCUACGUGGGCCGUACUGACAUCUGUGUGGAUGGCGUCUGCAGGAUGUUGAGCCAUGCUGAUUUCAUGGGCUUGGAUGAAGACACCAACUCUGUCCACUCCUCUGCUCCAGUCGUUGUCGCUCCUCACCCAAGGGAGACGUUCACAUACUACUACAGAACUGGUGUGUAUGGUGAGUGCUCUGCUGCCUGCGGGGGAGGAAUGCAGUACCGCAGUGUGGAGUGUUUGGUCCAGGACUCAGUGAACCCCCGUGUGGUAGAAGAGUCUUACUGCAUUACUCAGCGUCUGCAGAGACCACAAAGCCAGCAGGCCUGCAACAUGCACACCUGUGCUCCUGAGUACAGCGUCUCCAGCUUCAGUGUGUGCUCUGUGACUUGUGGGGAAGGCCAGCAGACGAGGGAAGUUUUCUGUGUGGGGUCAAGAGGUGAACAUCUGCCCGAAAGCUCCUGUAGUGGAUUGGCAAGACCUGAUUCUGUCCGGGCCUGCCGCAGACCCGCCUGCCACACUCACAUCACCUGGCAUGUGACCGAUUAUGGACUGUGCACCAGAAGCUGCGGUGGAGGUGUGAGGGAGAGGAGAGUGGGCUGUUAUGACUUAGAUCUGAACCCUUACUCAGAGGCACACUGUGGAACAGCGAGCAGACCCAUCUCUGUGGAGUCAUGCAACACACAGGCCUGCCCUGGAGCACAAACGGUCCCAAGCGUGCAGGACCCACGGCCGCAUGAAACCACCGUGAGAGGGUUUGUGCCUCACGUUCCUGGAGAACCCUAUGCUUCCAGGCCACAUACAACCACUGUAUAUGAGCCAUACCCCUCUGUGAUCACUCCUCACUGUGGACAGUCCUAUUACGGCUGCUGUCCUGAUGGCCAGACCGCUGCAAGAGGGCCACAUGGUGAGGGCUGCUCCCAGGAAGACUGUGUCCGCACCAGAUACGGCUGCUGCUUGGAUGGGGUGACCCCGGCUCAAGGAUUUGGAAGAAUUGGAUGUCCUGAUUACCAGGCAACUGUGCAAUAUACUCCUGCUCCUGCCGCUCCAUCCUCUGAUAACGUGUGCCUUCUUCCCCGUGAUGAGGGCCCCUGUGACACAUGGAAGGUCCGUUACUACUACGACACAGUUAUGGGCAAAUGUACCGAGUUCUGGUUUGGAAGCUGUCAUGGCAAUGGCAAUAACUUUAUGACCUUGGAAGCAUGCCAGAGACAGUGCAGGAGCAUGGCGCCCCCACCCCCCGCUCGUAGGGAGUCCCCCAGGAGAGGACCACCCAGGGGUGCCCUGAGGGCAAGAGCAUAACCAUGUAUUCCCCUAUUGUCUACAAAUCAUAAAAAUAACUAUAUGUCAAGUAUGAAGAGAAUCAUAUGGUAUUUUUUGACACCUGUAAUAUGUACAUAUAAGAAGACAUGACUAAACAGGUUAUGAAAAACUCACCACAUACUUUUUAUUUUAAAUGGGAUUUACAUUAAAAGUGACAUAGGUCACCUCACAGUAUAGCCUACAAGAUCCAAGCAUAUGGUUUUGGUUUUAGGUCCUAAUUUUAUCAUCUAAUUAUAUUUUGGAUGUGUUUUUGAUUGUGAAGUUCUAGAUACUCUUCAUGCUUUACUUGUUUACAAGGAAUGAAAUAAAAUAUCAAAGUU